GGAGGACACGUAUAGUGGCUGCCUGCGGCCUUCGGCUUCUCGCGGCGGUGUCAAGAUAGUGGGCGGGUAUCUCGCGUCCUGAUACCUAGCAUGGCUAGGAAGUGACUUUAGCGCUGUUGAUUCUGCCUUCCUGCGACUUUUCUAAAACAGCAGUGUGACAAUUUAUCGGAAGGUUAACAGGAAAAUGCAAGUUGCAAGAAGUUAACAAAUUGAUAUUGACGUGAUGCCCGGGACAUGCAUUCAUGUCAGUUGCUUUCACGAAUGCUAAGCAAUUAGCUUUGGGCCUCAACGCAUCUCAAGAAGUGUCUCCAAAAUGUGGUGGUGUGGAAAGAAAAAUGUUAUGAUCUUUCAUCAGAAGUAUUUAGAUAGCUCGCUGUUGUGCUGAAAUAGUGGACUUCUGCAUGUGUUCAGGUGUCAGCAGUUUCAAGAAACUCUGAGCUGUGUGAAGAGCAGCAGCAAUGAGCCUAACAGCUGGGGAGAAGAAAGAGUUUGCAAGACUGGUGUUUCUUUGCAUACUGUGGUAUGCAAUAAGCUCUGCAAACAAUAUAGUUGGAAAAACUUUGCUGAACUAUUUUCCAUAUCCCAUGACUCUGAGCAUAGUGCAGUUAUUAUCAAUAACUGUGUACUCAGAGCCAAUGCUUCGCUGUCUUUCCAUUAGAAGACCUACUGAUAUAAGUUGGGACUAUUAUGCUAUGUGCAUUAUUCCCUUGGCAGUAGGGAAGUUCCUGGCUGUUUUAUUUGCCCAUAUCAGCAUAUGGAAAGUGCCAUUGUCAUAUGCACACACAGUCAAAGCAACAAUGCCUCUCUUCACUGUGUUUUUUGGAAGGAUUCUCCUUGGACAGCAGCAACCAUUUACUGUUUACUGCUCACUAAUUCCAAUUAUAGUUGGAGUUGCAAUAGCAACCAUCACUGAGCUGGCAUUUGACAUAACAGGCCUGAUCAGUGCCUUGACGUCCAUUGCUGUAUACUCCGUGAUGCAGCUGUAUUCCAAGAAGGCGAUGAAGGACACUGGCAUCCACCACCUGCGGCUGCUGCACGUGCUCGGCCGACUCGCCUUCUUCAUGUUCCUGCCCAUCUGGGCGUUUUUCGACCUCCGGAAGCUGAUGGUGGCGGACGACUUG